AUGCCAGCAGCAUCGACGUUUGCCGUGAAAGCCAGCUUAGGCGGCGCCUUUGGUUUCGACGCUGGAUUACAAGAGCUGGGAAGGAAGAGACGGCGGGGGAGCAUUGUAUUAGCCGGUGGUUCUGCUCGCGGGAGGUUGACGGAUUCGUUGGCGUUGAAGGGAAAUCGCUGCAUGAGUCGCAUCGGCGGCUUAACUUCUUGCUUCGGGUUGCGUAAUGAUUCGGUCCCGAUGGGGACGGAGCUUAUGCGCCCCAGUACCCUCUUCAGAAACCGCCCAGUCAGAGCUCUAGCUUCUGAUGGUGACAUCGAAGAUGCGGAGCCGUUAAAGCCGACGGAUGUUUCAGUCACAAAGAGAAAGUCUACUGGAACGGUUUUACCAUUUGUGGGCGUUACUUGCCUUGGAGCUGCCCUGUUUGGUUAUCACCUGGGAGUGGUAAAUGGUGCCCUUGAGUACCUAGCCAAAGAUCUUGGGAUUGCUGAGAAUACCGUCAUACAAGGAUGGAUUGUCAGCACACUGCUUGCUGGUGCCACUGUCGGCACAUUUACUGGUGGUGCAUUGGCAGACAAAUUUGGCAGAACAAAGACAUUUCAGUUAGAUGCAAUCCCACUUACCAUUGGAGCGAUUCUUUGUGCCACAGCACAGAGUGUACAGACCAUGCUUAUCGGCCGCCUACUAGCUGGUAUUGGAAUCGGCAUAUCUUCUGCAGUUGUGCCACUUUACAUAUCUGAGAUCUCACCAACUGAAAUCCGAGGUGCACUUGGUUCUGUAAACCAACUAUUUAUAUGCAUUGGGAUCCUUUUGGCGUUGGUGGCUGGGUUACCUUUAGCCGGGAACCCCAUAUGGUGGCGAACAAUGUUUGGCCUUUCUGCCGUGCCUUCCAUUCUGUUGGCACUAGGGAUGUCAUUUUCUCCGGAAAGCCCUCGGUGGUUGGUCCAGCAAGGGAAAGUUCCCGAAGCAGAGAAAGCGAUUCAAACACUUUAUGGCAAAGAAAGAGUGUCAGAAGUCAUGCAAGACUUGUCUGCGUCGAGUCAAGGUUCUUCAGAGCCUGAGGCAGGGUGGUUUGAUCUGUUUAGUAGCCGUUACUGGAAAGUUGUUAGCGUCGGUGUAGCACUUUUCUUUUUCCAACAGAUGGCCGGAAUAAAUGCGGUGGUGUACUAUUCGACUGCUGUGUUUCGAAGUGUUGGGAUUGGAUCUGAUGUUGCAGCGAGUGCUCUUGUUGGAGCCUCAAAUGUUAUUGGAACCACCGUUGCCUCUUCUUUGAUGGACAGACAAGGAAGGAAAAGUCUGUUGGUCACAAGCUUCUUCGGAAUGGCUGCAUCAAUGUUGCUGCUUUCCUUGUCUCUGACCUGGAAGGUCCUGGCACCUUAUUCUGGCACGCUUGCGGUUCUUGGGACAGUGUGCUAUGUCCUCUCUUUUUCACUUGGGGCUGGUCCAGUACCUGCUCUUCUACUGCCUGAGAUAUUUGCCUCCAGAAUUAGAGCCAAAGCAGUUGCACUAUCUUUGGGCAUGCACUGGGUCGCGAACUUUGUCAUUGGCCUCUAUUUCUUGAGCGUGGUGAACAAGUAUGGGAUCAGCAUGGUGUAUCUAGGGUUUUCAGGCGUCUGUCUUCUUGCCGUUGUGUACAUACUUAACAACGUCGUGGAGACGAAAGGAAGAUCGCUGGAGGAGAUCGAACGUGCCCUAGCAUGA